UCUGUCUGCUCGCAACCCACACACACACACACACACACACACACACACACUAUCUCUCUCUAUCUCUCUCUCUCGUCUGUCUCUCUCUGUGCUUCAGUUUCGUUGUCUCUUAAGGGAGUUGCAGUUCUCAUCUGUAGCUCCACAGUACCUCGUCUCCUCCAGGGCUCCAGACAGCUCCUCCCGACAGCACCACUCCACCAGCCCCCAGCAGCUAAAGACAUAUUUACCUGGAGAUUCAACAGUGAUAUUUAUUGGUGGAUUCAUUCAUUGACAUUUAUCUCUUAUUAUCAGUUCUUCAACCAGACAUGAACCAACCACCUCCCCAGACACAACCUACAAUCACCCCUGGUGUAACCCAGGUGGUGAUACAGCAGCCGCUGCUAAGAGACGUACCCGGCCAGAUGAUGUGUCCCCACUGUCAGGUCCCGGUUCUGACAGAGACCACACACGCCACUGGACUGGUCACCUGGGUCAUCUGUGGAUUCCUCUGCUUCUUCAUGUGCUGGCCAUGCUGUUUGAUUCCGUUCUGUGUUGACUCCUGUCAGGACGUAGAACACCGCUGCCCCAACUGCAAGAGAGUGAUCCACAUCCACAAACUCAUGUGAACAGACCAAGAUGAGACACCUGCCACAAAGUGAUCCAUAUCUGCAAACCUACUGUAUAUAUGAACAGACCUAGCCACAGCCUACUGACAGUUCAGUGCGUAAUCCACAUCAGAAAGACAAUAGUCUACUGUCUCUCUGAAAUAACUACAGCAGGACAGCUUCCUCUACUGUCUCUCUGAAAUGACCACAGCAGGGCAGCUUCCUCUACUGUCUCUCUGAAAUGACCACAGCAGGACAGCUUCCUCUACUGUCUCUCUGAAAUGACC